GCUCCAUCUCAGCUGUGUCAGUGCGCACUUCCGCCGGAACUACUUAAAUUUAUUUUUUUUUCAGCAAUCGAUUGAUUGUUUUUUUGUUUUUUUUAAUUCCCUCUUCUGUGUGUGUGUAUGUGCCGGUUGAAAUCUUCGACAUGUACCUCAUGCAGGUGACAGCAGUUGGCUACAAGCCGAAGACGCAACUGAUAUCGACGGGCGACUCUGCUCAGCCGAUGGAUAAAGCGUCGCCCAAUUUGUCGGCCAAGUCGGCCAGCUUGCCCGGCUACAGCAACCGGGGCUUUCACGGAGCCGUGUACAAUAAUAGUAGUAGCCACGCCAAUGCGACAACAGCCGCGUACGGCGGCGGCAACGGCAACGCUCCGCCGUUUGUCAAUAAAAAUCGGCCCGACAAAUCGCCGUCCAAAGUCGUCGCGGCCGACACUCAACAACUGGCCGGCAAAAAGAAGAAAUGGACCGGAUGGAGCGGCUUUUUCCGGCGCAAUACGAAACCUGCUCAACAGACCCCGACCGUGGCCGAUGACGCCAUUAGCUCAGAUGAAGAAGGCGGCCAGCGGCCGCAGGCCGCCUCUCUUCACGUUCACGUUUUACCCGCUUCCGGCGGCGGUGGCCAUCAAACGAACGCUCACGUCACGCCGGAAGAGGCCAACAAGAAGAGAUACUUCCUUCAGCACCCGCCCAGGAAUGCGUCCAAGGACCGCUCACCCGUGGUGGACACGCUGAGCCCGCUCCAGAGCGAUCUCAGCGCUAGUCAGACGUCGCUGAGCAGGAAGGAGCGUCGCGACGCCAUUUUGGCCAGGGCUCAAGCGCGUCGCAAUAAUGGCGGCAGCGCGGGCGGCAGCAGCUCGGACGAAGAUGGCGUCCAUUUGCGAGCGCCGUCGCCCUCUUCGCACUGGCGCGGACGCAGCCAGGAGAGCCUGACGAGCAACGGCAGCGCUAGUUGUCGUACCAGCCAUGGCAAGUCACGAACGGGACGGACGGAGCGCUACUUACAGCGUCGAUCACGCGACGAAGAUUCACUUCGAAGGGACAUGCAACAACAGCAGCAGCAGCAGCAGCAAUCGCAAAGUAGACGGGCCUCUCCGUCGUGUGCGGACUGGUCGCCAUCUUCGCCGCUCCAUCCAUCAACGUCAAAGUGCGGCGGCAAUCAGCGAUGGCUGUUGACGGCAUCGACGGUCUCUUCGAUCCAAGGGCCGCGGGGUGGAGCCCAUCAUGUGGAAACGACGCCAUCAGAUGGCGGCCCACGGGUGGUCGAAUCGCCUGUCACUCUCAGGAAGCCAACUUCUAGCAACAACAACAAUAAUAACAACAGUCCCAUAGUUGGACGGGCUCAGUCGGCGCUGGUCACGCAUCCCAAACUGGCCACUCCGCCGCCACCUCCGCCUCGCAAUCCGCUCAAAAAAUCGUAUCUGCUUCAAGUGCAAUCGAGCGAGCCUCAACCUUUGGCUGCGCAAUCGGCCGGACGGCCCACCUCCUAUUCGUUUGGUGAUCUUUCGCGUUUCGGCCAGCAACAGCAGCAGCAAGCGGCGUCCGUGCACGAUUAUCAGAAUGUCGAUCAGGACGGCCGACUCGUCCCGGCCAGUACGACGAUCAGCGAUCGCUCCAACGGCAACGUCCUCCAUUUGCCAGUUACCUCGCCCGUCCAGCGUCGGGUGUUGAACAGUUCGCCUCAGCAACGUCAGCCGGGCAGUCCCAGCGGCCGUCAUCAUUCGGCCUUUUUUCCUUCAUCAUCCACGGCCAAUUCGCCGUCCCCGUUCAAGUCGCCCGAGCUGGAACGAUCUAAACCGCCGCCUUGGCUGGCCAGUAGUAGUAGCCCGUCGGCCAUGAAACCGGCCAAUGCUUCAGCACCGCCCGUCCGCGAGUUUUGGCGUUCCAAAGAAGUCCAGCAGAAACAGCAGCAGCAGCAGACGCCUCCGACGUCCAGCAAAAGUGCGAGGGAACGACUGGCUCCGUUCCACUUGACGGCCAACAACGGGUCGGUCAGUUCGCUCAACAGCGAUUUGUCCAGCCCGAGGAGCCGCGACGCUGGCCACAAUAGCGCGGCCUCGCCGCUAGAUUGCCCGCCGUUUUAUAUGGCGACAGGAAGCGCUUUGAAUUGCGCUAAUGGAUCUGGCGUCAUGGCGUCGACGCCCAGGCGCUUCCCGCCCGCCUCCCACGAUCAUAGCAGCACACGUGAGCAACAACAGCCGCACCACGUCAGAGAGCUGUCGCAGUUGAAGCCCAGCACGGACAAGCACCUGGAGCAGGCCAUUUGCGAGCUGGAACAGAUUUACCGCAGUCUCAAGUUGGACGGAGACGAGGACUUGCUGGACAGGGCGGAGCGACGCGACUUGCCGACGGUCCACCAGCAAUUGAUCCACACCCACCACCCGGCCACGGUGGCGGCCAGCGUGUGCAGUGGUUCGGAAUCGGGAGGUGAUCCUUUAGGAGGUCACGGAAUCACUUCCGACCUGGACACGAUGAUGAACUGGAGCAUUUCGGGAUCGUUUGAAAAUUUGGCGGCGACUUCGGAACGCAUCCGCACCCCGUCCAACCGGCGCUCGGCCGUUCCGGAUAAAGUCGCCGACGACAUGGCCGUCCGUCGCUUGGCGGCCGCCGCCCGCAAGAGCACGGCCAACGAUCCGCAAUCGAUCGCCGCCCAGUCCGGAUCGUAUUUGCUCGUCUCGCCGUCGCUGACGGCCGCCAUGGGCGAAGAUCACGACGUCAGCAGCCGUUCGGGUUCGUUUUCUCCCGACGAGCCGGACGUGAUUUACGACGAUGUGGCCUACCGGCAAAUCCGCCAGGCCAAUAAAGCGCUGCGCGUUGCCGAACCGCAGCCGCCGUUCGGCAUCCCGUUGGGGCCCGUCACACCCGCCUCUCCGUCUGAUUAUUUGCACACGUCCGUCACGCCGGAACAGUUUGAUUUGAGGCCGUUAUUGCAUCCGACCAAAUACCCCGAUUUGGUCCGAGAUGAUUUGGCCUUCCGCAAUUUGCGCAAAGAUGCCGGACAGCUCCAGCUGCCGCCCGGCCCGGUCAACACGGACAAAUUGGACGACCUGCUCAAGGAGACGGGCUUCUCCAAAUCGCUCAAGAAGAAACGCGCCGUCCGCUCUCUGUCGGCCAAUAUUUCCCAGCUCAUCCGGAUGGACGCUGCCCGUCCGAGCGGCGGCGGCGGUGUCGUCGACUACAACCGCGACGACGACGAGGAGCUGGACGAGCGCUACAUCGGUUUCAAUCCGUUUGACUCGAGAGCGCAGAGCCUUUCUGACUUGAUGGACGACUCGCCCGUCUCGGCCAAUAACAACAACAUCCAAAACAAGUCGGCCAAGACGCCCAGGGCCGUCAAGCAGCGCAGCGGGUUGAAGCGCGUUGGGAAAUCGGUGGAAGCGGAUGACGUCGACGCUAUCGUCCAGCGUCAAGUGCGUCCUCUGGCCAGCUGGGUCGAACGGGCCCAUUUGAGCGGCGACGUUGCGGCCGGAAGCAGCACGGAAACGAUAACCGCAGAGAGGUUGGUUCCAGGGCUGGCCAAACUCUAUCCGACAUCUGCGCUGAGUGUUCAGCACAAGAAAUCUGAAAAAGAUGCUGCCCAGCCGCCAGAUUUGGAAAUGGACCACUUGAUUUCGGAAUUAUGUGAAUGUGGCGGGGCUCCACCAGCGCCGGCUGCUGCGAGCGGACGUAACAGACAAGUGGAUUCAAGUGGACUGCAAUUGGCGCUGAAGCCACCGACGGGCUUUUCGAGCGAAGCGCAGGCGAGCAGCGCCAGUCCGGCUGCUGGACACUGUUGGGAAGAAUCGCCUCUGUUCCAGUCGCAGCUGCAAUUUCAGUUCCCGCAACAACAGCGGUCCGCCUCGCCGGCCAAUAGCAGCGAUUCGGGCCAGGUGUCUUGCUGCGCCCGCGAAGUCCGCCAGAUCCUCCACCAGCAGAUCCGCCAAGAAGAGAAGGAAAGGGAAAGGUUGGCCUCGAUGGCCUCGAUGGCCUCGUCAUCUCCAGGUCGGAAGACGAGCCGGACCGACACAGCGGGCGGUGAGCUGCGGACAGACAAAGCGUCGGUGAACUCGACGGUUGAUCGAAGUGUUCCGUUGAAAGGCCGCCCUGCACAAUCAACGACUGCGACCGCAUCAGCUACAACUCCGACAGUCAGAGAUAACCCGGCCGUGAGGAAAUCGAGCGGGCGCAGAAUGAGCAACAACAACGAGCCGGCAAGCGGUGCGGUCACGGCCGUGGAGAAGAGGGACGAACGCAUCGCCCGCUACAAGGAAGAGAGAAGAAAACAAUUGCAGGUCGCCCGCCAACAGGCCGGAUUAGCCAGCGGAACGGCCGGCCACGAUCACAGCUCGUCCAGCGAAGAUCUUCCGCACGAGGAACAGUCGUACGCUAAAUACAAGCACCGCAAGCAAAUGCAGAAACAACAGCUGGAAUCGCGGCCGCUGGAGGAGAGCACGACGGCCAACAUGGUUAGCGAUGUGAUCAAUUCCAAUCUGAGUUCGACCGGUAUCAAACGGUUCAUUAAGCGCGAGAGUCCGUUGACGAGCGAGGAAAAUAACGGUGCCGCUCCGGUGCGGAUUAACCGCGCUGCACGGCUCAGGGCCGCCGCCACGUCCGGCACUCCUCCGCCCGUCGAAGACAAGAUGAUAGUUCAGAGAGCAAAGAGAUUGUCCGUCCCUUUAAUGGAAAUGCCAGCCAUCGAUCCGUCUGGCGGGCCUGUCGAUGCCAAUAGCCAAGCGGACGUCGUUGUCCUGCGGCAGAAAGUUCCGUCCUCAUCGUCCUCGUCGUCACUACAGGCCGGCAAUCGCGAGAAAGACAAAAGCACCAAACGCAAAUCCAAUUUAAAUCGGGCACUCACGGACGAACAGAUCCUCGCUACCGGCCAAAUUGAAUCUCAAGAAGACGCGGGAAAGCGCGUCCGGCGUAGGAGGACGGCCGAUUUGACGGUGUCGGCUUCGUCGGCCGAGACGGACAUCAAUUCGAGCGUCGAUAACGCCAUGAUGCGCCGGAUGGAAACGGCUUCCCGGCAGAGCCCGCAACCGGCGGCCGAUUUGCGGGCCAAUUUGCGCAAGACGAGUCAACCGCCGGCCUUCAUCCGUUCCGUCGUCCCCGCCGACAGCCACGCGGGCGGAGAGAGCGCGAUGGCAGCGACGGCCGUGGAGAGUUCGUCGGUGCCUUGGCGGACGGGCAAAGUGGCCUCGGCCGACAAAGCGAUGGAGCCCAUCAAAACGGAGGACUUGACCGCUCGCAUCGAAGCCCUGACGGCUAUGGCCCAUCAAACGGUGGCCAAAGUGGAUCGGCUGACGGCCACUCCGGAUCGCGAGGGCAACGGUGCGCAUCAUCAUCAUGCGGCGGCGGCAGCGGCGGCCAGCGCUGGAAGCGUCAAGGCCGUUGCGACGAAGCUGCUCAAUCGCGUGGCGGGCAACGUUCAGCCGGUGCCAGUCAGCCCCAAUCUGCCCGUGUCCUUGCAACGACGACCGGCCAAGAUUGAAUCGCCAAAUGUCUGCGUCAAUUCGAGUCCGGCUCUUAAAUUAUUGCCAGCUGCGGCAUGCACUCAGACGCAGUCGCUUUCUAAAAAUAAACCGGCAACGACCCAACCAGCAGCUGAUAAGACGACGCCCGCCAGUCCCGCUGGCGUCGCUGCUGCGCGUGCCAACACGGCCAACGCCUCGGCUUUGGGUCGCAUCAAAACAGCUGAUAAAGAAAAGACGCACAGCCACAAAGCCGUCGAACCUGUCGGCAACGGCAGUGCGACCGCGUCCAGCGUCAAGGCCGUCCAGGGUAUACUGAAAAAGAAAGUGGAAGGAGGCGCCGAGCCGUCUGUUCGCAUCCGGCCGGAAGCGUCGUCUGCUGAAUUGUACCCCAUCCUUCGAGUGGAAGAGGAGGUCGUCACGCAGUUGGACCCCGUUUCCAUUCUGAAGAAGAGGUUCGAAGAUACGGAAACGUUGGCCGCUCCUCUGCUUCCGGCGGAAGCGAGUGUCGAACCGCAUUCCAUUCUCAAACGGCCUCUGAGCCGCGACGGAAGCGCCGAAUCGGGCCGUUCGCAGUCGCCCGUCGACGACCCGAUCAAUUCGAUUUUGAAACGAGCGUCGCUGACGUCUUCGCCCGGCAUCGUAGCGCCGGAUCAAGUGUCCGGCAACGCCGAACCGAGGCCCAUCUUGAAGAAGCGAUGCUCGACGGAAGAUGCUGACGGACCGCGUCCCAUUUUGAAGAAGAAAUCGAGCACGGAAGAGGAGCACGAACUCGCCGCCCACAAGCCGAUCUUGAAGAGCGGGCGGAGGACGUCGCAGUUCGCGGAGGCGGCCAGAGAAGCCGAAACCACCACCACCACCGACGAUCCGGAAGAGGAAACGAGGACGGAAGGAGGAAGAGAAGAAGAAGAAGAAGAAGAAGAAGAACCGCGUCAAUUGUCCAUAGCCGAACGAAUCAGUUCGAUCGAAUCGCAGGCCAAUCCAACGCCGGCCGUCGCCCCCUGGCGCCUUCCAUCCCGUCCCAAUCCGAUCGGCACUCCAGUUGUUCCAGCCGCCGUCGAUUUCGGUGCGGAAUCCAUCAGUUCAAGGAGGAAAUCGUUGGAACACGUGAUCGAGUCGAAUCGCACUAGCGGCCUGGUGGAGGCUGUCAAUCGGCACGUCGUCGAGGCGCAUGCGCACACCAACGGAGCCGACAGUGCCGCUUUAAUCAAACCGGACGUCGAAGUUCCAGAAGAUGAACACGAUCCGUCCAAACUGAGCCUACGCGAUCGAGUGAAAUUGUUUGAUCGGCCGCUGUUGGCCGCCGGCUCGUCUGCCCUUCCGCCCAAGCGUCCGGGUCGGCCGAAUCGCAAGAUCUUUGCCCGUUUCCAGACGCAGCCCGUCACCAGCCGCGAAGUGAAGAAUGCUCUCCAUCUGGGCUUUCCGAGACGGCCGUCAUCGACCAAGGCCGUUGUUCCUACCAGAGAAGUGAUUCCAGAUCAUUCAGUUAUCAAAAAGGACGUGAAAACAGAGGACGAUCAGGACGAAACUGGAACAUCCGGCUUGGAGAGAAUUCGAGGGAUAUUGAGGAGGAAGAGCGCGGACAACACGAUGGAAAUGCGUGGCAUUUUGCGGAGUAAAUCGCCUUCGAUUGGCGAACAGCCGCGGUCGAUUUUAAAACAUCACUCGCCGGACGAUGCGGAGCAAUUGUCUCCGUCGACCAGCAGUUCAGACGAAUUCCCCGUGCCGGCCGAAAACGAUUUAGCCGCCCAGUUGCUCAACGUCGAGUUGGAAUCGAAACAUCACACGGCCGAUGCCCAAUCCAACGGAGUGAACACCAAAACAGAUCGGGCCGCUUCGGAAACCCCUACACUCAAAUCGGAUUCCAGUCCGAGCGCCCAGCAAUCCUCUGUCCGUCGUGAAACUGAAACGAUCAUCUUGGAAUCGGAGGGCAGUAGCAGCGGAACAGAAACGACAACGACCGUCACAUUCCGGCUGGGAGGCAACACGGUCGGAACGGUCCAGCAAUCGCAAACGAAAAUCAAGAGCCAUAAAAUCAAAAUUAAAAUGGAUGAAGUCAGCGACUCGAGCGUCGCUUCAAGCAGAUCGGUGGUCGUUGAUGAGGAGGAUGACAGCUCCAGUUCUUCCGGCGCCGAAGUCAAAACAACGGUAUCGUUGAGGUUGGCGGCUCUGCAGAAGAGCGGCGACACUGAAUGGCGCAAGAGGAUCUCGAAGCCGGUGGUGAACAGUCCGUCGGCAUCGGCUGGAGAGCUGGACGAAGCAACGAAUUCCGACGGAGAUGUGGCAACCAAGAGCAGCAUUGCCGAUCGACUGAAAGUACUUGAAACAGCUCAAAAAGGGUGGCGGACAAGAGUGCACGAGCCGGACGCUGCCCGUUUUACCGUAGCCGGCAAAAUGGGCCAGCGACCCGUGUCCGUCCACGUCCUCUCAUCUGAAACGAUCAAACACAAUCCCAUUAGUCCGAAGCUCGAUCGCAAAUUGAAAACACCCAAACCUGUGCCGUUGAGGCUUAAAAAUGCCGACGCAUCGGACACAUCGCCUGGAACAACGCCAUCCACCGACGAUGUGAAACCGCCGUUCAACCGAUCCACCUCCGAUCCCAGCAGCACCCCAUCUAAACUCAUUAUUCCUGGAACUGGAAAAAUCACUUCUCGAAUCGUGUCUGUUCCACGGCCGGACGAUGAAACGUUCACGUCGUUCUUCGCUGCGUCUUCGUGGUCACUGGCCACGUCAUCGCAGAACGUCGCCGUGGUCCAGUCGUCCGCAUCGUUCGCUGAUAUAACGGACGAGGACUUUGAAAGGAUGGCCUUCAAUCGUGACGCGGUCGUUGUAGAGAAACGGUCGGUGAACGUCCAGCGACGGAAACACAACGCGUCGCGCAAUCCGAUCAAGUCUCUCAUCUUGCGGCCGGACAUGUUGCGCAACGAGUACGAAGAGGUGGACACUGGCGUGGCCGAGCGCGAAGUGCAGCGAGUCAAACUGGAGAAAUUGGCCCAACAUUCCCACCUGGCCGUCGAAGCGCUGGCCGGUUUGGCUUCGAAAGAAGACUUCGCGGCCAUUGCGCUCAAGUCGGCCAAAGAGACGGGCGACGAGCAGUCGAAACGCACCGUCUAUUUGAUGCAGGUGAAGGGCCGUCGCCAAGUUCAGACCCGCCUCGUCGAGCCGACGUACACGUCCGUCAAUAGCGGCGACUGCUUCAUCGUCGUCACGCCCACCGACGUUAUCCAGUUCAUCGGGCGCUAUGCUAACGUCAUCGAACGCUCGAGAUCCACCGACGUGGCCCAGCGCGUCGUCUCGAAAAAAGACCUGGGCAGCGCCAGGGUGUCGCACGUCCAGCUCGUUGAAGAAGAUAAAGUGGGUCCCAAUUGCUUCUACGGACCGUCGAAACGCUUCUGGACAGCGCUGGGCAGAAGCGAAGCGGAACAAGCCAUCAAUCCUGCCGGACCGCCGGAAGAAGAUGAACUUUACGAGUCGGCCAUCGCAACCACCAACGCCGUCUGGCAACUCAACGGCGAUCGUUUAGAACCUUGCGAACAACACUGGGGAUCGAUCCUCCAGACGGACAUGCUGGACCCUAAUAAAGUGAUGGUGUUUGAUUUUGGAAGUGAAAUGUACGUCUGGAGUGGCAAGAUGACAGCGCUGGAAGUGCGCAAGAAGGCCAUGCAGCUGGCCAAGGCACUGUGGGAUCAGGGCUAUGAUUACACCGAGUGCGCUAUCAAUCCCGUGUUCCAGAAAGCGACAGCGGACGAGCAAAGCAAAGGAGAGCACAGACCUGCGUGGGCUUUGCUGCGCUCGGCCAAGCAGCACAUGGAGCCCGUCCUGUUCCGCGAGAAGUUCUUCGAUUGGCCCGAUAAGAGCGGGCUCAUUAAAGUCAAAGCUCAAGACGGCGAUGAGAAAGCCGUCGGUGUCGUGACGGACAUCUCCGCCCUCGAACCGUACGACGCCCAGCUGAUGUUAGAUAACCAAGUGGACGAUCCCGAUUUAGAAUUAGAAGGCGCCCACCUCGGUCGCGGUGUCGAGUACUACGACGAAGCCGAACGUCGCCUCCAACAGAUCUCGACGUUGAGCGCCAAAGUCUGGCACUUAUUGGACUAUGAAAAAGUACUACUGGAGGACGUGUCCCGCGGUCAGUUCCAUUGCCGUGACACGUAUAUUAUCCGUUGGCAAUAUCGAAUUACUGUCACCGGCAAGGAUCUGAAAGGCCAGCCAUCUGUCCACGGCCUUUUGGGCCGCGAUCGUUUCUGCUACUUCAUCUGGCACGGAGCCCAGGCACCGCCCACUGACCAGGGCGCCUCGGCGCUGAAAACGGUCGAGCUGGAUGAGGAGCGGGGGCCGCACGUCCGAGUCCAGCAAGGACACGAGCCCCCCGCCUUCCUGGCCAUAUUCCAAGGACGGAUGGCCAUACAUAGUGGCAAACGCGGCGAACGCGAAGCGGACCAGUCCGUCUGGCGUUUGUACUUUGUACGCGGCGAGAAGGAGGAAGAGGCCCACCUGCUGCAAGUGAGACGCUGCGUUGCGGCGUUGCGCAGCCGCGGCUGUUUGCUGCUCGUCAACCAGACGACGGGCACCGUCUUCGUCUGGCACGGCGCCAAGUCGCUCAAACACACGCGCCAGGUGGCCAACUUUGCCGCGUCUGCCCUUAAACAGCACAGACCACCAGAGCUGAACGUCCGGAGGGAAGCCAGUGUGGCCAUCAAGGAGCAGUACGAAGGAGCGGAGUCGCGCGAAUUCUGGGAAGGUCUGGGACACCAGAGCCGCGUGGCCGAUCGCUCGCUCUACCUGUCACUGGCCGAGAGGCCCAAGGAGAACCGCUACGAUCACACGCCUCGUCUCUUCCAUUUGACGUCGUGGACGGGCCAGUUCCGCGCCGACCAGGUCGCGCCCACUCUGCGCGUCCCCCAACUGCCGUGUCCUUAUCCCUUCGUCCAGGAGGACUUGUACAGCGCUAACCAGCCGACGUUGUUCAUGCUGGACAACGAGCACGAAGUCUGGUUGUGGCAAGGUUGGUGGCCAGACCAACCGGACACGGAUAACACUAAUACGGGCUCGGGGAAACUGCGUUUGGCCGUCGAGCGACGCUGCGCCAUGGAAACGGUUAUCGAAUACUGCCGCUUGAAGGGAGAUAACGAGGAUCGAAGCCCACCACCGGCCUACCUCGUUUCGGCCGGACUCGAACCGCUAGCUUUCAUCGCCCUUUUCCCUUACUGGACGGUCGACGAUCGCGUCGGCCAGCUCAACAUUCAGGACGGAAAGAGUCCAGGCGAGUCUCAGUCCAUCCAAGACGUGUUGGACAGACUGAAGCGUACCACAUACCCUUUGAGUGAGCUUCAAGUACGUCCGCCACCAGAGGGAGUCGAUCCUACCAAAUUGGAAUCCUAUCUAAAAGACGACGAUUUCCAGGAGACGAUGGGUAUGAACAAGACGGAAUUCUACACACUACCUGCCUGGAGGCAAACGCAAUUGCGGAAGGAGACGGGCCUUUUUUGAGGAAAAAGCAAACACACACACACACACACACAUCGGGUCCAGACUUCUUCUCUUCUCCUUUAUUAUUAUUAUUUUUUUUUUUUUUAAUUCGAAAGGGGAUGCGCACGUCAAAACAUCGGACCUACAGAAAUAAUUGGAAAAACAAAAAUUUGAAAGAUAAACAAAAGAAAAAAAACAAACGCCGACUGGAAUGAUCGAAUCAUCAACAACGGACAAUAUCGCCAUUUUGUGAUAUGUAUAGUUUUAACGAUAUAGGGAUAAAAACAAAACAAAAGCUAAUCAUUUUAAAAAUGGAUAAAAUGAAUAACACAACAUCUCGAUUGGAAGAUGUUUUUUUUUUUUGUUUCUGACACUGCACUGAUUGUUGUUCAACUGUUUCUUGUUUUUUUUUUGUUUGUUAUUUUUUUUUCCUCCCAUGUUUUUUCGGCACCUUGUUUCGAGUGCCUAUUAUUUUUCAAGUUCUUUAAAAAGGUAUUUUUUUUUUUUUUUUUUAAAUUAACUUUCGAUCGGAGACAAACGAAAUUCGCUUUUUGUGCCUUUUAAAUCUUUUUUUUUUGAUUUUUAAUGUUUCCCGCGUUUUUUCUUCGAAAUGGGCUUAUACGAAAUCGCCGUUUUUUUUUUUUUUUUUUUACAACAGUCGAAUUGAAAAAAAAAAAAGGGAAAUUGUUUUAAAAACAGCUGUCCACUUUCGCUAUCGUAUUUUCUCCCGACUGGAACGAUCGUGAAAUGUCUCUCCAACUGCGUUUUCACGUUUCAAUUGUGGGAAUGAGAAAAUGGAAGAAGAGUUGCACUUGUCGUAUAAGAAAACGAUCAAACGUUCUAUUUUUCCCUUUCGCUCCACGCGCAAUUUACUCCCGAAAACAAAAACAACUUUCGCUUCGAGAGUCUCCAUUUUUUUUUUUUUUUUUUCAAGGAUUGGGGGCAACUCUUUUUUUUUUUCCUGCCUUUAAAAAAAAAGAAGAAUGCAAAACGAGAACAUUAAAAAUUCAGAGCCAGUCGCUUCUUUUAAUAGACGUUUUCACUCUUUUUUUUUUUUCCCUCCCUGCCAGACCGAAAUAUAAAAUUUAAAAAAAAAAAAAAAAAAAAAACAACUAACAAGUCGUUAAAAUAAAAUAGAAAUUCGUACCUUUUUUUUAAAUAAAAAAAAAAGCAGCUUAAAUCCCGUC